CAACUGCCGGUUCUCGGCAGUACUUUCUCACGAUCUGACAGCGUGAGGAAAGUGCAGCCGAGAAACCGGCACUUGCAUUUUCCUGUGAUCAGCGUGUCAUUGGACACCGCUGAUCACGCAGGUAAAAGGCCGAGCAGGGAACGGCACCGAUCAUUAGGGUCACUGAUCAUCAGUGCCCUGAUGAUCGGUGCCCCAGCAGUGCCACACACAAGUUCUGCCCACCUGUGCCCAGCAAUGCACCCACCUGUGCCCAGCAGUGCCACCCACCAGUGCUCAGUAAUGCACCCACCUGUGCCCAGAAGUGCACCACCUGUGACCUGUGCCAACCCACCUGUGCCCACCAGUGCCACCCACCUGUGCCCACCA